AUGUCAACUGUAUAUAUAACCUCAGUCAUUGUUUUUUUUUAUAGAAGUUCUAUUUUCUUGUUGGUUGUGGGAGCUACGUCUCCUAGUUUCUGUGUCAAGACGGCUCGUGAAAAGCACCGAAGUGUAACGGCUGAAGACGCGGCGCAAGCUGUUGUCGACGUCGAAAAGGCAAUGAGAUAUCAACAAUCGAGCAAGCAAUCAGUUGCUGCUAAAGCUGUUCCCUCAUCCGCACCUCGUGGAAGCAAAACAUUGGGUUGGUUCCUCGAUAAUGAUAUAUUUGAAAAAAAAGGAGCUCAAGUCAAGAAUGAAAAAAUUGUCAGCAAAUCAGCUGAUAACUUGAAAAAGAAGAAAAGAGGGCUGAAGAAGCCUAAUAAGAAGUCAUCCGAAACUGGGAGUGAUGGCAGCGCAACUUCAGAAGACGGAACUGACGAAUUGAAAAAGCAAGCAUUGUUGUCGGAUACGUACGGUUCUAAAGAUGAUUAUAUUGUGUAUGACAUCGCUUCCGAUGGGUACUACUACGAACAGGGUAGUGCGAGAGGAUGGCGAAGACGACAAACAAACUCUGUUGGUGCACCAAAGCCAAAAGAUCAGGACGUUGAGUCAAAGCUUCUUAAAACUAAGGCUGCUAGUCAAAAUCAACUCCAAGCUGCCGCUACUCGAGCCUUCCUGCAGGCCGCUGCUAUGAAUCCCGGACCACUCAAAUACUACGAUCCUUCAUCGGAUGGAUAUUUUUACGAAAUGGCUUCUGUGGAUGGAUGGAAAAAACGAGUACCACCGCAAGGGCCUAGAGUUCAUCCAGGAUCAACUUCCAAUAACACAGCCACAACAAGCUAUGGAGCUGCAUUGGCGAAAGGGCAAAUGCCCAAAAAUUGCAUAAUUGAUGACAGUAGUGCAAGUUCAUCUGUCAGUGAGGAUUUUUCGGCUCAGGACUUCUUUGGUAACGACUCUUGUUUCCGCAGUUUCCGUUUGCCUCGUCCUAGUUCCCUAACGUUGGAGACGAACAACCAAAUUUUGCCGUCAUUCAAUGCUGAUCAAUUCAUUCAAGAUCUCUCUUUCUCUGGAAUUGAUCAAUCAAAGUUAUUUGGAUCUGGUACACCUACUCCUCGUGGUGCACCUCUCUGGGAGGAUACGGAUAAGUUAGAUUCGGAGGAUGUCGUCCUAGGAAAUUUAUUAAAAGGAUUAGAAGACAUUUGGACAAAUCCUACAUAA